AUGUCGACAGCCUCUGAGGGUCAAUUCAAGCAUGAGGGAGCUACCUUCUACACUAAAACUUGGACGCCGGAUGGCCCAACCAAAGCCAAGCUGAUCUUCGUCCACGGCUUUAGCGAGCAUAUCAACCGCUAUAACGACUUUUUCCCAAGGCUUGCGGAACAAGGCAUUCAGGUAUUCGGCUGGGACCAACGGGGCUGGGGGCGCAGCGUUGUCAAGCCCGCUCACAAAGGACUCACUGGGCCGACCUCCCAAGUCAUCGCUGAUGUUGCUGCUUUCCUCAACGACAAACUUCUUGCCAAGGAUGAAACGCCAAACCUGCCAGUUUUCGUUAUGGGUCAUUCCAUGGGCGGUGGGGAGGUUCUGACCCUUGCUGGAGACUCACAAUAUGCUGAACUGGUUGGUCGAGUCCGAGGAUGGAUCCUCGAAUGUCCGUUUGUCGGUUUUCCUGCUGGAGAAGAGCCAAGUAGCUUCAAGAUCUUCGCUGGUCGGCUAGUUGGUCGGCUCUUACCAAAACAGCAACUCAAACAUGUUGUACCGCCAGAAUACCUUAGUCGGGAUGAAGCGGUCGUUCAGGCGGUGCGGGAUGACCCCUUGUGUCACAAUACGGGGACCCUUGAGGGCCUGGCUUCACUUCUUGAUCGGACAACUCUUUUGUCGUCUGGCCGGGUUCAACUUGGCAGCCACGUCAAAAGCGUUCUCUUGACACAUGGAACAGAAGAUCGAGCCUGCAGCUAUGAUGCUGCGCUUAAAUUUAUUGAGCAGCAGCACGGCGUCAACGACAAGACUACCAAGUCCUAUAACGGAGCCUAUCACCAGCUCCACGCAGAUCACUGCAAGGAUGAAUUUACAAAUGACAUUAUCGAAUGGAUCUUGGAACGAUCUGACCAACCCGUCAGUACCACAGAACCGCUUGAAGCAAAACUCUAA